AUGGACGGCCCAGCCCGUCGACCAUCAGCAAGCCGCAUUCCUAGGCUUCACUUGAAGGCCCCGCACAGCGCAGUAACCGGCUCCCAAUCUGCCAAGAAGAGGCACGCCAAGAAUUUUGCGGCGCACACCAGGCCGGCUAGCUGCGGAAAGACCACUCAGGUCUCCCAGUUCAUCCUGUUCGACGAGUGGGAGAGUGGCCUGCUUGUCGCCUGCACUCAAACCAGGGUGAUUGCGGCAACCAGCGCAGCCCGGCGCGUGGCCCAGGAGCUCGAUGUGGACCUGGUUCCUAACGACGGCCUCCUGCUGCAAGAGCUUCGUUCUGACAGAGAGCUUAGCAGAUGUGCUUGCGUGAUGGUGGACAAGGCCCAUGAGAGGACGAAGAACACCGAUCUUCUCUUGGCCCUCCUCAAGCAGACAAUGGGAAUGCGGCCAGACCUCAAGGUCGUGAUUCAGUAUCUGCGGGAGGCGACGCCUGACUACCGGAAGGCAGUGUUGGAAACGGUCGCCCACGUCGCGCAGACCAAGCCUGAGGGAAGCAUCUUGGUGUUCAUGACCUCCGUCCAGGAGAUCGAGGAGACGUGCGGGUUGAUCAGGAAGAAAGUGCCUGGUCUCCAGGUCUUGCCUCUCUACCCGUCGCUCUCGAGAGCCCAGAUGGAGGGUGUCAUGGACACCAAGACAGGCCGAAAGUGCAUUGUGUCGACAAAUGUCGCCGAGGACGGUUUGACCAUUGAUGGCGUCACACUCGCGAUCGACAGGGAACGACCGAUUGCAGACCAUUAG